CUCUCUCCCUGUUAGUGUGCCGCCCACCUCGCACCGGCAAAGAGGCAGAGGCAGGAUUGGUGCUAACCGGUGUGCCUAGAGGAUCUAAAGUUAAAUAUAUCGCCAGACUGAUACAAUGGCCGCCAGUAACACACUUUCGACCCUCAGAAGAACUGCGCCUGUUGUGGCAGACUGCUUCAAGAAUGCCAAACUCUACCGGAAAGAAGUGCCUGCCUCCGGAGAAGUGUCGCGGGAGAUGGUGGUGCUGUUCACGUGGCUGGGCGCCAAGCAGAAGCACGCCCACAAGUAUGCCAAGUGCUGGACACGGCGAGGCCACGAUGUGCUGUAUGUCACCACCUCUGUCAGGGACCUGCUCUUCCCCAAGACUGGAGCAGAGGUAACAGCAAAUCGCGUGGUGGACUUCCUGGACAAGAAGGAGUCGGACGUCAUUGUGCAUGGGCUGAGUGUGGGCGGCUACCUCACCCAGCGAGUCCUCAUGGCAGCACGGGAUUCACAGAUCAAAAUAUCCCAUCAAAUAUUCGACAGCUUCACGAACUGUUCGGGAAUGGAGGCUGGGGUUCAGAACGCAGUCCAUCCCAAGUACCGGGGGCUUGCCAGGGCCUUGGUUGGAGUUUAUGUCAAGUAUGCCGAUCUGUCCAGUAUUUAUGAAGCACAGAAGUUUGCCCUGACCUCCCCUUGCAAGGCUCCAGCUUUGUAUCUACACAGUUUAGCUGAUGAGGUGACUCCAUUCCCGGACAUCAGGGGGGUUGUCCAGGCGCAGCAGAAGGCCUCUAUCACCACUACUUACCUAAUCCCUGCCGAGCAGAGAGUGCCCCACGUCUCCCUCCUCAAAUGCCUCGGUGAUGAGAAGUACAUGGGAUACAUUGAUAAGUUUAUAGACGGCUUCAGAGGAUGCAUCACGAAUCCGAACCUCGACCACACGCACUUAGCCACCACGGACUACAUCAUGGACGUCCCAACAUUCUACCCCCGACCGGAUCCUUGUCUCACAAUAAGGGUGUGUCUUAGGUGUCCCAUGGCCUGGUGUUCCAUCGAGUCCUCCCCCAGCGUGCAUCACCAAGAAUCCUCCUGCAGCAUCCCCCUGUGUAGACCUGAGUAGAGCCUUGCAGUGCCACCUGAGGGAGUCAAGUGGUGUCUGACUCCCUAGAUUGGAAGCCCUGUGGUGGUGGGUAGUGUCAAGUGAAAGAACCUCAGGUAAUUGCAUGCUAGGAGAGUAACGUUCUUGAUUUUUUUUUCACUCUAUUUAGUGCUUAGUAUGUUCUUGAUACUUAAUGAUUUGUAGGAUUUGUUUUUUUAUUUUUUGAAGAGUCAUUGAUUCACACACCAAGGGUAUUUAUUGUGCUGGAUUGGGUGACAGAGACAAGGUGUGGUGUGUGUCUUGUCCCAGCCACCCUGCAGUUAAAGAAUUAUUGGCUUGGAAUAAAUUGUCGUUAUUUCCACCAGGGAGGUAAAAGAUUUCCUCCCCAUUUGCCCUUCUCUGCUGGGGUGUAGGUCUUUUCAGGGGUGCCUGUGUCCUGGGGAGGCUGCUGACCAGGGCUGGCAAGGUCCAUUCCCUGAGGUUGGCUUGGAGAGUCGAUAGAACUAAAGGUUUCAGUCAAAUAGCAACUUUUUUUUACAUUAAGAAUUGUCUGUCAAUGUAGAGCAUUAACCAGUGAUGCAUUAUUUCAACAAGUGUCUGUCAGUGAGGCAUAAAUAUUAACCAGUGACUCAUUAUUCCAGCAAAUUUGUCAGUGAAGCAGAAUCAUUAACCGGUGACACAUCAUUUCAACACACGUCUCUCAGUAAAGCAUGAUCAGUAACCAGUGAUGCAUUCUUUCAGCAAGUGUCUCAUUAUUUGCCUCCAUCAGAACACUAAGGGACCAAGGACUUGCUCUGCACAGUACAAUUACAUGCUAUCAAUUUUGGUGAAGUCUUGGGGGCAGAAUUUGAGUAGAGGGGAGGAGGAUACAUUCAGGCAGGACCUGUUCACUGUGUGUGAGGGCAGAGUCGCCCUUCAGUAGCGGUUAGUGGUUCGCUGUGCACUGCCUUACCUGAGGUUCUUUCAGCAGAGGGACCACAAAAGCCUCACUAUUGAACACAAAUAUUGGAGAAUCAUGAUACUAUUUUAAUGUACUAUAUGUACUCUGAUGAGGAAGUCUUUUAUAUCAAUAGUUUUAAUUUUAUAAUGAAUAUAUAUAUGAGAAUCAUACAUGAAUUUAUUGUGUGUGUAACUUCGUACGUACUCAGAAAUGACCUAUAUAUAUAUAUAUAUAUAUAUAUAUAUAUAUAUAUAUAUAUAUAUAUAUAUAUAUAUAUAUAUAUAUAUAUAUAUAUAUAUAUAUAUAUAUAUAUAUAUAUAUAUAUAUAUAUAUAUAUAUCUAUAACUAGAGGCAGGUGAACAUAAGGUGUUAUAAUAUAUAUCUGUGUUAGGUGUUAUUAAUGCUACCUUAACCUUGCCUCUGUGUCUCAAGGAAAGAAGUUUACAAUGGAACUGUGCCUGUGUUUAUGAAAUACAAUGUAGGGUACAACUUACAGGACACUGUAACCUGUACACCAAAAAAAAUGAAUUGCUGCUUUUUUUUAAUAUACAAAGGGAAACUGACCAAGGGUAAAAAUGAAUCCAGGAAAUAAAAGGUCCACUAAUUGUCUCUCUUAGAAUAGAAACAUACUUGAAUUCCCUGUCUUGGAGUGUCACAGAUGGAAAAUUGGUCUAAAGGCAGAGUACAUCUUUAAGAAACACCCUGACUGGGGGGUGAAACCCUUUGUACAAUGAUAAAGUAAUAAUAGGAAUAAGCAAUAGGAGCUAAUGAUUGUAAGGUCUCAAGAUAAAUCCCUUGUCUUAGAGUGUCACAGAUGAGAAAAUGAUUUAAAAGCAGGAUAGAUCUUUGGGGAACACCUUGGUUGGGGAGAGAAGUCCUUGACAGAUAUAAAGAAAAACUUUUAGAUGAUGAGAUGUAAUGAUUUUGAGUUCCUGAGACAGGAAAUUGAUGUAAAGACAGAGUAGAUUCUUAACCCUUGUUGCGGAGUGAAACCCUUAACACAGGUAUGAAGAACAGGCAUUAGAUGGUCAGACCUAAUGACUGCAAGAUCCUCAGAUGAUUUCCAGGGUCCUUACACCUCCACACCUCCACUGAUUAGAAUGUGGAUGAUGUGGGUCAAGUGUGUGGAUGUGGAUGUGUGGAUGAAGUAUAAAAAUGACCUUGGAAGCACAUAGAGCCAGGUGCAAGUGCCUAAUUAGAGAAGAGGCAGGUUAAUUAUAGCUACACCUGUUGGUAGAUGAGAAUAACACCUGUGUGCUUCUGCCGACAUGCUAGGGAUGAUGCGGCACACUUUGGGGCAAUUAAUGUGAUAAACAACAUUGACAUCAACGAUUUACCGGGAAUCCUAAGAUAUUGAAGGUUUCCGACAUCCACACGAGAUUUUCCAGCACAGGGGUGUUUUGGUUCUCAUCUGAAUGGGUUGCUGUUGAGUCAGAGAUGUACUGUGAGAGGAUGGAGAAUAAAGUAUAUGAUGUUUGAAGUGGA